AUGCAGCUGCACAUAUCGCCUAGCUUGAGGCACGUCACGGUUUUGCCUGCAAAAGGUUUUCGGGAGUUUAUAAAAGUGAAAAUUGGCAACCGGAGAUUGUCUUACCGAAUGGUUUUCUACUCGCUUUUGUUCUUUACUUUCCUUCUCCGAUUUGUGUUUGUGUUGACGGCUGUGGAUACCAUCGAUGGAGAAAUCAAAUGUUCGACUAUAGGUUGCCUGAGCAAAAAAAUAGGACCAAGAAUCCUGGGACCAAGACUUGAGCCUACCGUACCUGAAGUGAUAUAUCAAGUACUGGAAGAACCUGUCGAUCAAACCGAAGUUCAACCAGUAGAGCAAGAAAUUCCUCAAACAAUGGAAGAUUUUAUCGCAGAAAUGAAAGAUGAACGACCUGAUGCUAAGACCUUUGCAGUCAAGCUCAAAGCUAUGGUCACGCUCCUUGAACAAAGGACGAGAACCGCCAAGAUCCAAGAAUAUCUGUACCGACACGUGGCCUCUAGCAGCAUACCCAAGCAGUUACACUGCCUCGCCCUAAAACUGGCCAAUGAGCACUCAACCAACGCUAAUGCCCGCCUCCAGCUGCCCUCUCCCGAACUAGUCCCGGCUCUCGUUGACAACUCCUACUUCCACUUCGUGCUUGCCUCGGAUAAUAUAUUGGCAGCCUCUGUUGUUGCAUCCUCGCUCGUCCAGAACUCAUUGCACCCUGAAAAAGUCGUCUUGCACAUAAUUACGGAUAGGAAAACGUAUUACCCGAUGCAAGCGUGGUUCUCUCUCCACUCUCUGGGGCCUGCCAUUAUCGAGGUUAAGGCUCUGCAUCAUUUUGAUUGGUUUACGAGAGGGAAGGUCCCGGUUCUGGAGGCCAUGGAGAAGGAUCAGAAAGUGAGGUCCCGGUUCAGGGGAGGAUCGUCGGCAAUUGUUGCGAAUAAUACAGAGAAGCCGUAUGUCAUUGCUGCUAAGCUGCAGACCUUGAGCCCCAAGUACAACUCGCUCAUGAACCACAUUCGCAUAAAUUUGCCAGAGUUGUUUCCAAGUCUUAACAAAGUAGUAUUCCUGGACGAUGAUAUUGUUGUCCAAACGGAUCUCUCGCCUCUUUGGGACAUCGACAUGAAUGGGAAAGUCAAUGGGGCUGUGGAGACAUGCAGGGGAGGGGAUAAAUAUGUGAUGUCCAAGAGGUUCAAGAGCUAUUUGAAUUUUUCUCAUCCUCUGAUAGCGAAUAAUUUCGAUCCUGAUGAAUGCGCAUGGGCCUAUGGCAUGAACGUCUUUGAUUUAGAAGCUUGGAGGAGGACUAAUAUAAGCCGGACAUACCAUUUCUGGCUUGACCAGAAUCUGAAGUCGGAGCUAAGCUUGUGGCAGCUAGGAACCUUACCUCCUGGCCUCAUAGCUUUCCACGGUCAUGUACAUGUCAUCAGUCCCUUCUGGCACAUGCUUGGGCUAGGAUACCAAGAUAACACAACUAUUGCAGAUGUUGAAAAUGCUGGUGUCAUUCAUUUCAAUGGCCGAGCAAAGCCUUGGCUCGACAUAGCAUUCCCACAGCUUCGGCCUUUGUGGACCAAAUAUGUUGACUACUCUGAUAGAUUCAUAAAGAGCUGCCACAUAAGAGCAUCUUAG